AAAAACAAAUUUCAAUUUUUAAUACACAAAUCGAUCCUCAACUACCAAAAUCCAAUAUUCGAACUAUUCCAACAUACUUUAAAUAAAUCAAAUAUUUAAAUAUACAUUUAAACUUUAAAUUUUAUUGUAAAUAAUAAUAAAUGCUUAUCAAGAAAGAAAUAAAAUACGGAUAUUCCGCAGAAACUGCAGGAACUACGGGAAAAAGUCGAUUAGUUAAACCAUCGAAUCUAACAAAAAUCCGUCUUACACCUACAAAUUCAAAAUUCUUAUUUUAUGGUACAAGACACGAUAUAUUAAAAUGGAUGUCUUUACACUCAGAAUUAUUGAUAGUAUAUGAUCCAAUAGCCGAUGAUGAUGAUGAACUAGCAUUAUCACCACCACCUUCACCACUUAAUUCUUCUCCCAUGUUUAUCGCAUCUCCCACAUCUCCCACAUCUCCCAUAUCUCCCAUGUUUCCUUCGUCUCCCUCAUCAAUGACACACUCUUUAUCUUCUGAUUCAACUCUUUCAACCAAUACUAUCACUAUAAGUGAAAAACCACACGAUAUUGUAUUCGAUUUAUUCACAAUUCCGAUCAAAACUUCAGAAAUAUUAUCAGAAGAAGCAACUUUUAAUAGACCAUUAAAUAUUGCAUUAAAAUGUAUUCCCUGGAUAGAAGUUAUGUUAGAAAUUCGCCCUGCCGAUGAACUUAAAGAUUCUAAAUUAUAUCCUAUACAUAGAGUAAUAUUACCUUCUGGAUCAUCUUUAUCAGAAAUUUCUAAAGCUUUGGAAAAAAGUUGGAAAAGUCUUAUUCCAGAUUCAACGGCUUUUGGUCCUGAUUGUUUUAUUAGAAAUAGUGAAUUAAUAUAUCCUCAAAAUAAAACUAAAUCAGAUUCUCAUGAUUUUAAACCUAAAGAAAUAACUUCCGAAGAAGAAGAAUUUUAUAAAUCAAAUGGAUUUAUGGCCGGAAUAGCUAAACGAGUUCCAACCGUGGAUUUAUGGCUUCGUCAAAAACAAACUUCCGGUGCUAUACCUCCUGGUGUAUUAACUCCUUACAUAAUUGAUGAAGUUUUGGAAGAUUUAAAUGAAGAAACAAAAAAGGACGAUGAAAAAGUUCCUGAAGACAAAAAAAAGGAAGCAGAAUUAGAUAAAGAAUUGUCAAGACCUGAUUUACCAAGAUACGAAAAUGUUUUUGGUGACGUUUUAUUAGAGAAGGGAAAUUGAUGAUAAAUAGGAGAAAUGAUGAUAGAAAUGUAUAAAUGAGGGGAAGUAAUAAUAGAAAUAUAUAAAAGAAAAAAAAAGUUUGAAAAAAAAUUGUAAUUAAUUAUAUAAAAUCCAUUUGUAUUUAAAUAUCAUUCAUUAAUUUAUUAUAAAAAAUAUAUAGUCUAAUUUUUAUAUAAACUAAUAAAAAAUCACAUAAUUUAUAGUCAUCACUUUAAUUAACAACUCGCA